UUGAAACUGCAGUCGCAAUGGCGCAGCGCGAAGGCACGGCGCCAAUUGCUGGCCACGGCAUCCAAAUUCGCACGACCGUGCUGAAAAAGGCGGGGAAUACGCCCAUCAGCUUACGGCGCCUCAACGGGGACCUGGACACUUCGCAGCCUCAAGCACCAUUGUCGUCGCGACGACCGCUUGCAUCCAAGAGCUCCCCGAUUCGACUUGGCCCGGAAACUACGAGUUCACCGCCAGUCGCCAUCUUGGAGCCUAUCGAGCGACGGCCAAAGACAAGUGGUGGACCUGGCGACUUGCGGCGGUCAUCCACGUCACUGUCGACAGCGCUAACACCGACACGACAAUUAUCGCAUCUCCAUGGACCAGACCAAGUUCAGCACAACCAUCGCUGCUACGGAUGUGGCGGGACCCCGGAAAUGUGUCUGUCGUGCUUCUCCGAAUGCAAGAAGAACGACAUGACGAAAUACAAGCAGAGUCUUGCAAAGGGAGUCGAAUGGUUGUUUGCAAAAGCCACGACCCGCGCAUUCCACCAUGUCUCCACGACCAUGACUCGCAUGAUCUUUGGGGUGUGGACGUUUUACGUGCAGCACAAACGACACCACCGCGCGUACGUGCUGAGGUUCCAAGCCCGCGUGCGGCUCAAGCGGCAAUUCCUUGGAUGGCGCAUGCUCAUGCUGGAGCGUCGGACGUAUGGCGCAAUGCUCUACGCCGCCGACAAGCAGACUCGCGUCGAAGCGCUAGAGAUCGAAACAGAUUCGCUUCAUGGAACGGUGACAGAGUUGACCAAACACAGUCAUGUUCAGUCCCAGCUCGACCAUGAAAAGCUCGCCAAGUUGCACGCCAGCGUCGAGGCGGAGAAGCAACGAGUGGCGGAGAAGAACAAGGAGCUGGCCGCCGUCAAGAUGCAGCUGGCAGCCGCAGAAGCGACAAUUGACGAACUGCAAACGCGAGCGAAAGCGUCCGAAGCGCUCGCGCCCCUCGAAGCCGAGUUGUUCGACUACAAAAAGGCGUGUUUUCAAAUGGCCAACGAGAUGCUGUCCCAAAUGGAGCGGCAACUGGAGGACUUGAGUCUGUUUGAAGGUCGGCAGUACCUGUGUGAUGUUUUGAGUGGAGACGUUGUCAACUCGCUCGACCUUGCCGAGCAUCCGCUGUUGUACGACCCGACGGCGAAUUUCGUCAAGGACAAGCCGUUGAAACCAGCAGCGCCAGCGUCCCCGAAAAAAAGCAAAGGCGAUCUCCCACCGACGCCAACGUCCGUUGCCACAAUCGACCGCGCGGAUCGCAUUCUCAUGCAAUGGGCAAACGCUGUUGUGCGCAAAUCGUCGGUAGACUGGAUCAAGCCAAGUCGAAUCAACAAUUGCAACACAAACCUUCAAGACGGCAAGUCGUACACGGUCCUGACCCUCACGCUGCACGAAGCCAUGUGCAACAUGAAGUCGAGGAAAAAAGACUUUUCAUUGAAUCCCCUGCAACGCGAGAAUGGCAUGGCGUUGACAGAGCACGACGCAGAGCGCUAUGUGGCCUUGAUGACGCAUGAAGUGGACGAUCAGCGACGAAUCGAGUACAUGAUGAAUACGAUCGGGCACGCGAUGUGGCUGCCGUCCGACUUUGUCCAAGCCGAGGACAUUCUGGCGGGCGACACGGACUUCAACUUGGUCCUUCUCGGCUACCUCUUUUGCACGUCGUCGCCAAUCUUGGAUAGCGUCCACAAUCAGCACAUGGCCGACACUUCCCGCGACCUCACGUUUGAGCGAGCGAAAUGGCGAGAGCUCAAAGAUGCGGCAGAGGCACCUGCCAAGGACCAAACCGUGUCCAAGAAAAUCAAGCUCGCGUUGGCUCACUUGUUGGAACUCAAAAAGAAACUCGACACGGACACGCGAAAGGCCCACGACGGCCAUGUGUUGUGGUGGAAAAGCGCGCGCAUCGUGCUUCGGAAAUGCUUUCUCACGCUGUCGCUCAUGGCCCAUGGCAAGUCGGGCUUCAUGUGCUCGGCCGACAAGAGCGCCGAGAACGAAGGGUUCCUCGUCGUGCCGCGGGAAAAACUCAAAGGAGUCGUCUUUGCCACGGAAGAUGCCAAGUGGGAGCUCGACAUGCUGCAAGGAUACCUGAACAGCGUCUUCAACGACCUGGCGCGAAUCUAUCGCGGGUAUGCUUCGCGGUCGACCAACACGGACGACGAUGUAGCAGUCAUGAGUCAAGGCGACCUCCUGGCUCUGUUAACGGAAUGCAAUGUUCCCGAUGCCAACUUUUCGCUUGCUGACAUGGCUGACAUCCUCACGGAAGUCACACAGAGCAAAUCAGCGGCAGAGAACGGUGUCGUCGACGUCAACCGAGCGUUGCUGCCUGUGGAAUUCAUCGAAGCGCUCAUUCGUGUGGCGCGGAAACGAUAUAGCGGCAUAACCAAAAAGACCGCUCUGUCCGAGUCGUUUUGCCUCCUCGUCGACAACCAGAUCCUUCCGUUUGCGUACCAAAGCGAUGCCGACAAGUUUCGCAAGCAGAUGGAAAGCCCAGGCAUCCGCGCGUUGAUGAUCAAGUACUUGGACGAUCUCAAAACGCUCUUUGGCAAGUACUCGUCCGUCGAAGCUAACGGGGGCGGUGCCAAGAAAGCACGCAAGCAGCAUCGGAUGACAGGCCAUGCACUGGUCAAGUUUGUGUCGGACAAAAGUAUCGAAGACAUGGGGUUUACGAAUGACCGGGUGAUGCAAGUUGUUGGCCACGUCUGUCAAGGGCGAACGCUGUCCAAGACUGAGCUCAUGCAGAGAGACGUGUCGUUUGAAGCGUUCCAAGAAGCGAUGGUCGCGAUGGCAUGCCACAAGUUUCCAGACCCGUACCUGUCGGUCGAGAACCGAUUUGAGAAGUUUGCCAACUUGUACAUCGUUACGAUGCGCCCAGAGGUGUACUCUGCAGGAUAAAAACACGUCCAUGGUACCGUCGGCACGAUCUAGUCGAUGGACAAGGCCCUCGGACGUGUGUCUCGGCAAGUACAAACGCA